AUGAGUCAGGCAGAAUGGUUGGAGUUGGAAAGCGAUCCUGGAUUGUUUACUUUACUUUUAGAAGAUUUUGGAGUUCAAGGUGUUCAGGUUGAAGAGAUUUAUGAUUUAUCAAAACCAAUCACUGAAAUUGUUUAUGGUUUCAUAUUUUUAUUUCAUUGGAAUAAAGCUAAGAAAAAGCCUUGUCGGCGUUCUGGUCGAGGUUCAACUGGAUCCGUAACGAAUACAGUCUCCCCAAAUUCUCAUACAUCUGUUCCUGCUUGUGAUAAUGCUCGAUCGAAUUCAGUUACUCCAAAAAAUGGAAAUAAUAAUAAUAGUAAUAGUAGUAGUAAUAAUUCUCGUCAUCGAUCAGCAUCUGGAUCAGGUCAAGAAAUCCAUAGUACGCCUGAAGCUGCUAAAUUUAUUGAUGGAAUAUCAGAAUGCAAGUCAACUGUAUCUCAAGCUCCAGACAAAACAGAAAUCUUUUUCGCCCAUCAAGUUGUACAAAAUUCUUGUGCUACACAUGCUUUAUUAAGUAUCCUGUUAAACAGACCUGAGAUAAAUAUAGGACAUAUGUUGGCAGAAUUUCAUAAAGCUACGCGUCAUCUAUCACCAGAAGCUAAAGGUCUAGCUAUUGGCAGUAUGCCACAACUUGCUCAAGCACACAAUCGACAUGCUGCAAAACCUCCAACAGUUUAUAAAGAUGAAGUUUCAUCAUCAUGUGAAAUAACACUGCCUGAGCCAAGUGAAGCUGCAGCAACAGCCGCAGCAAUUGCUAAGGCUAGUGUAGGAACAUUUAACUGCUGCUACUACUCUACUACUACUACUACAACUUCUAACAUGACGGUGCCGGAUACAUUUCAUUUUGUGUGUUACAUUCCUAUCGGUGGAUUUUUAUAUGAAUUAGAUGGUCUCACUUCUGAACCAAUUAAUCAUGGUCCAUUAAAAAAUCCCAAUGAUCAGUAUGCUUGGACUGAACAGUGUGCUGAAGUUUUAAAGGAGCGUAUGCAAGAACAAGAUGUUCGGUAUAAUUUACUAGCUGUUGUACCGGAUCGUCGUGUAGCGCUUACAAAACGUAUGCAAAUGUUGAAACGCAAUCGUCAACUUAUUCAAGAUAUCCUAAUUCGUAUGUGUCAAUACGAUCAUACAUCUAAAUCUUCUUCACAUUGUUCCAACAACAACAACAUCACUUCCUCCACUGUUACUGCUAACACUACGGCGACGACGACUUCAGUUGCUGAUCAUAAUCAUUUACAUCAUAAAUUCAAUGGUCAUCAUCAUAUUGAAGAGGAGUACAAUUCAAAUCAUUCACAACAUUGUAUGAAACAUGACUGUGUUGUUGCGACUAGUUCCUCAUCAUCCUCAUCGUCAUCAUCAUCAUCAUCAUCAUCAUUGUCCGCGUCUGUAGAACUACGUGAUUCUCCACAUCAAGAAAAAUCUUCUCUUACAUGUAUACAUGAUCACAAUUGUAAUAACAUUAGUCGUAGUAGUAGUAACAUUAUAAAUAAUACUGAUAAAAGCAAAUAUGAAUCACCUGAUGAUUUGGAGAAUUCACAUUCCAUAAAAACUCGUUCAGUUACACGUGCUGCAAAACAAAUAAAUCAUGAUGAGUCAGAAUUAAUUAAUAAUAAUAAUAAUAGAUCAAAUAAUCAGAAACGAAAUAAUCUUUCUUCUUCGUCUUUAUCAUCAUCAUCCUCAUCGUCUUCGUCUUCGUCUUCCUCCUCUUCGUCGACUUCUUCUAUUACUCCUAAUGAUUAUAACAAUUGUUGUCGAUUAAAUCGUAAACGUCCAUCUUUUACACUAAAUGAACAUGAAGAUGAUAAUGAUUCAGACUAUUGGAAUUAUGAACAUAAAAAGCCUCAUCUAUUAAUCUCAUCAUCUUUAUCACACAAUAAUCAUAUCACCAAUAAUGAUAACAAUAACAAUAAUAAUAAUAAUAGUAAUAAUAAUAAUAACAAUCAAAAUGGAUAUAAAUCACAUUCUGAAGCACAAUAUCCAUCGGAUACAAAUAAAAUGAAUAGACUGUUUGCUUCAUUUAUUUCAGAUAAUUCAUCCGCCUUACCAUUAACUACAUUCACUACCACCCAGACAGCAUCUAAUAAUAAUAAUAAUACAAUGAAUAAACUAUCUCAUCAUUCAUCAUUCACAGAAGAUUGUAAAGAUUCUAAAGAAGAAUGCUUACAAGAUAUUUGUAAUAGUACAACAAAUGGUGGAUUUGCUAUUAAGACAGAAGAAGAAAAUUGUACAGGUGAUAGAAAGGAUUCUAGUUCAUAUGGUAGUCAGAUUACUGAUGGAAUAACAAAAGUAUCAUCACCAUCAUCAUCCGCCUGUUGGACAGCAGAUGUAAAAUCUUCAAGGGUAUUGAUAAAUGAAUCCACGUUCAACAACCGGUCAGAAACAUUUUCGCAUAGACAAGGUACUCCACCGAAAGAACUUACAAAACCUUUGACUAUUGAAACAAAGUUAUGGUGUGAUUCUGUCGAGCAGUUUAAUGCAGAAGGCUCAGCAAUUCGUACAAAUGAAAUGUAUCCUACCGGUUCAUCAGUUAACUCAUCUGGUGAACUGCGGCGGCGGUGGUGGUGGUGGUUCUAG